UUUUUUUUUUUAAAAACCUUUUCCGGGAGUCUCCAGCUGGCCCUGGUGUGUGUCAGGAGCGCGGUGUAGACAGGAGUUCCAGGCAGGCUCAGUCACACGAAGUUCCUGUCUUUUCUGAAGUGGAGGAGGUUUUCCUGGUGUUUGUUUGGUUUGGGCUUUUCUUUUCUUUCUUUUUUUUUUUUUUUUCUUUUGAGGUAAUUUUAAUCGCUUUGAAUAAAUAACUCUCCCUUAAGUGACUGGCCGUAGGAAGGGGAGAAAGAGCACGGCGGUGAGUUAAAGCCGGGGAGGAAGAGAGAACUGCCCCAUAGCGUGGCUCCUCUAGAAAUUAACACACAAAUACAUACAUCAUCAGAGUGUUUUACUAGAUCCCAAAAAUGUCGAGAUAUGUGCAAGAUCUUAGUAAAGCCAUGUCUCAAGAUGGUGCUUCUCAGUUUCAAGAAGUCAUUCGACAAGAGCUAGAAUUAUCUGUGAAGAAGGAACUAGAAAAAAUACUUACCACAGCACCAUCACAUGAGUUUGAGCACACUAAAAAAGACCUUGAUGGAUUUCGGAAGCUAUUUCAUAGAUUUUUGCAAGAAAAGGGGCCUUCUGUGGAUUGGGGAAAAAUACAGAGACCUCCAGAAGAUUCGAUUCAACCCUAUGAAAAGAUAAAGGCCAGGGGCUUACCUGAUAAUAUAUCUUCUGUGCUGAACAAGCUGGUGGUGGUGAAACUCAACGGUGGUUUGGGAACCAGCAUGGGCUGCAAAGGCCCCAAAAGUCUGAUCGGUGUGAGGAAUGAGAAUACUUUUUUGGAUCUGACCGUUCAGCAAAUUGAACAUUUGAACAAAACCUACAAUACAGAUGUUCCUCUUGUUCUAAUGAACUCUUUUAACACGGAUGAAGAUACAAAAAAAAUACUACAGAAGUACAAUCAUUGUCGUGUGAAAAUCUACACUUUUAAUCAAAGCAGGUACCCAAGGAUUAAUAAAGAAUCUUUACUGCCUGUAGCAAAGGAUGUCUCAUACUCAGGGGAAAAUACAGAAGCUUGGUACCCUCCAGGUCAUGGUGAUAUUUAUGCCAGUUUCUACAACUCUGGUUUGCUCGACACCCUUAUAGGAGAAGGCAAAGAGUAUAUUUUUGUGUCAAACAUAGAUAAUCUGGGUGCCACUGUGGAUCUUUAUAUUCUUAAUCAUCUAAUGAACCCACCCAAUGGAAAACCCUGUGAAUUUGUCAUGGAAGUCACAAAUAAAACACGUGCAGAUGUAAAGGGUGGGACGCUCACCCAGUAUGAAGGCAAGUUGAGACUCGUGGAAAUCGCUCAAGUGCCAAAAGCUCAUGUGGAUGAGUUCAAGUCUGUAUCAAAAUUCAAAAUAUUCAACACAAACAACCUCUGGAUCUCUCUUGCAGCAGUUAAGAGACUGCAGGAGCAAAAUGCUAUUGAUAUGGAAAUCAUUGUGAAUCCCAAGACUUUGGAUGGAGGCCUGAACGUCAUUCAGUUAGAAACUGCAGUAGGGGCUGCCAUUAAAAGUUUUGAGAACUCGCUCGGUAUUAAUGUUCCUCGGAGCCGUUUUCUACCUGUCAAAACCACAUCAGAUCUCUUACUUGUGAUGUCAAACCUCUAUAGCCUUAAUGCGGGAUCUUUGACGAUGAGUGAAAAGCGGGAAUUUCCUACAGUACCCUUGGUUAAAUUAGGCAGUUCUUUUACCAAGGUUCAGGAUUAUCUGAGAAGGUUUGAAAGUAUACCAGAUAUGCUUGAAUUGGAUCACCUCACAGUUUCAGGAGAUGUGACAUUUGGCAAGAAUGUUUCACUAAAGGGAACAGUUAUCAUCAUUGCAAAUCAUGGUGACCGAAUUGACAUCCCACCUGGAGCAGUAUUAGAGAACAAGAUUGUAUCGGGGAACCUCCGUAUCUUGGACCACUGAGAGGAAAAAUACUGUGUACACUUCAUACUAAUUAUGGGCUAAACAGUUUCUUACAAUGAAAUGUUCUCUAGGAUUCUAAAGUUGGCAGGUACUUUACUGUGUUACUGUACCCUGCGGUGUUAAUUUUUAAAGUAGAGUUUUUUGCAAUAUGCUUUUAGUCGAAGAAAAGCACAGAUGGAAGCAAUAUUUUUUCUUCUCUGAAGAGGACCCUGAAAGUUAGUUCAUCGUAAAGUGCAAUACUGUUUAAUCUUAAAACUGGGGCAGCUCUGCUGGAACAUCUUUUAACAGAGGCCUCAGUGAUGGUCACUUUGAAUUGCUUGUGAUUUCAAAAAUAAAGCUGUGAGGCAAUCCAUGUGCACACAUACACUUUCAAUGCUAACUUUAUGAAAUGGCCAAAAAAAAAAAAAAAAAAAAGGUUUACUCUUGAGAAACAGUUACUGGAUCAGUUGGAAGGUCUGCUCUUGAAAUAUUUAAGUACUCACUGGCCAGUUACCUAACACAUCUAGUUUUUGCAUUUCUAAGAAUCUCCACCACAUCAUUCUUUCCAUAGGAAUGAAACCUGAAGGUAUUUAGUCCCUUUCCUCUGGUCCUCAAGCUGGGAUGCCUGCCAUGCUUUCCACAGACUCUCCCGUUUAUUAAAACAAAGGGAUGUUUCUUUUCCCAGCUGCAGGGAUGGGGUGGGUAGAGGUAGGGUACUUCUUUUACAUCCUUGUUCUCUGGUGUGGUGGGUGGAGGUAUAACUUUAUAAAAAGUCCCCUUUCCUUGAAGCUUUCUUCUUGCGAUUGAAAAUAUUCACAGAUAACCUUUCAAGUCUGCUCUGCUGGUAGUUUAAUUUGUGGCUUUUCUCUAAGGAGUAAUUAUAUUUUCUAAUUCUUCCAUACUUGUUUUUGAGUAGGCUGCUUGUAAUUUAAAGUUUACUGUAUACUAUUAAAAAAAAGUUGCCUUAUAAA